UCCCUCAGGCUCUGUCCAUCUUAGGAGCAGAGAUAUAACAGACUCGUCUGUCACUCUUUUCUGGACCCAGCCCUCUGUCCAGUACAGCACCUACCACAUCACUUUCACAAGCCUGAGAGAUGGAGGUGGAACAAUUCAAGCCAAUGUAGGAGGAAGGGCCCUCAGCUUCACUCAGACUGGACUGGCUGCAGGUCAGAAGUACAAGGUGUCAAUCAGAGGAGAGAGAGAUGGGAAGAUGGGACCAGAGAGCACCACUGAGUUCACGACUGCUCCCUCAGGCUCUGUCCAUCUUAGGAGCAGAGAUAUAACGGACUCGUCUGUCACUCUUUUCUGGACCCAGCCCUCUGUCCAGUACAGCACCUACCACAUCACUUUCACAAGCCUGAGAGAUGGAGGUGGAACAAUUCAAGCCAAUGUAGGAGGAAGGGCCCUCAGCUUCACUCAGACUGGACUGGCUGCAGGUCAGAAGUACAAGGUGUCAAUCAGAGGAGAGAGAGAUGGGAAGAUGGGACCAGAGAGCACCACUGAGUUCACGACUGCUCCCUCAGGCUCUGUCCAUCUUAGGAGCAGAGAUAUAACAGACUCGUCUGUCACUCUUUUCUGGACCCAGCCCUCUGUCCAGUACAGCACCUACCACAUCACUUUCACAAGCCUGAGAGAUGGAGGUGUAACAGUUCAAGCCAAUGUAGGAGGAAGGGCCCUCAGCUUCACUCAGACUGGACUAGCUGCUGGUCAGAAGUACAAGGUGUCAAUCAGAGGAGAGACAGAUGGGAAGAUGGGACCAGAGAGCACCACUGAGUUCAUGACUGCUCCCUCAGGCUCUGUCCAUCUUAGGAGCAGAGAUAUAACAGACUCGUCUGUCACUCUUUUCUGGACCCAGCCCUCUGUCCAGUUCAGCACCUACCACAUCAAUUUCACAAACCUGAGAGAUGGAGGUGGAACAAUCCAAGCCAAUGUAGGAGGAAGGGCCCUGAGCUUCACUCAGACCGGACUGGCUGCAGGUCAGAAGUACAAGGUGUCAAUCAGAGGAGAGAGAGAUGGGAAGAUGGGACCAGAGAGCACCACUGAGUUCACUACUGCUCCCUCUGUCUCUGUCCUUCUUCGGAGCAGAGAUAUCACAGACUCUUCUGUCACUCUUUUCUGGACCCAGCCUUCUGUCCAGUACAGCACCUACCACAUCACCUUUAAAAGCCAGCGAAAUGGAGAUGAAACUAGAACAGCAACAGUAGGGGGAAGGCUCACCAGCUUCACUCCGACUGGACUGGCUGCAGGUCAGCAGUACAAGGUGUCAAUCAGAGGAGAGAGAGAUGGGAAGAUGGGACCAGAGAGCACCACUGAGUUCACUACUGCUCCCUCGGGCUCUGUCCAUCUUAGGAGCAGAGAUAUAACAAACUCGUCUGUCACUCUUUUCUGGACCCAGCCCUCUGUCCAUUACAGCACCUACCACAUCACUUUCACAAGCCUGAGAGAUGGAGGUGGAACAAUUCAAGCCAAUAUAGUAGGAAGGGCCCUCAGCUUCACUCAGACUGGACUGGCUGCAGAUCAGAAGUACAAGGUGUCAAUCAGAGGAGAGAGAGAUGGGAAGAUGGGACCAGAGAGCACCACUGAGUUCACGACUGCUCUUUCAGGGCCUGUUCAUCUUAGGAGCAAAGAUAUAACAAACUCGUCUGUCACCCUAUUCUGGACCCAGCCCUCUGUCCAGUACAGCACUUAUGACAUCACUUUCACAAGCCUGAGAGAUGGAGGUGGAACAAUUCAAGCCAAUGUUGGAGGAAGGCUCUCCAGCUUCACUCAGACUGGAUUGGCUGCUGGUCAGAAGUACAAGGUGUCAAUCAGAGGAGAGAGAGAUGGGAAGAUGGGACCAGAGAGCACCACUGAGUUCACGACUGCUCCCUCUGGCUCUGUCAACCUUCGGAGCAGAGACAUAACAGACUCUUCUGUAUAUCUUUUCUGGACUCAGCCUUCUGUCCAGUACAGCACCUACCACAUCACUUUCAAAAGCCAGAGAGAGGAAGAUAAAAUGAUUCAAGUCAAAAUAGGAGGAAGGCUCACCAGCUUCACUCAGACUGGAUUGGCUGCUGGUCAGAAGUACAAGGUGUCAAUCAGAGGAGAGAGAGAUGGGAAGAUGGGACCAGAGAGCACCACUGAGUUCACGACUGCUCCCUCUGGCUCUGUCAACCUUCGGAGCAGAGACAUAACAGACUCUUCUGUAUAUCUUUUCUGGACUCAGCCUUCUGUCCAGUACAGCACCUACCACAUCACUUUCAAAAGCCAGAGAGAGGAAGAUGAAAUGAUUCAAGUCAAAAUAGGAGGGAGGCUCACCAGCUUCACUCAGACUGGAUUGGCUGCUGGUCAGAAGUACAAGGUGUCAAUCAGAGGAGAGAGAGAUGGGAAGAUGGGACCAGAGAGCACCACUGAGUUCACAACUGCUCCGUAUGGCUUCAUCUAUUUCCAGACCAGAGAUACAACAGACUCAUCUGUCACACUGUUCUGGACCCAGCCUUCUGUCCAGUACAGAACCUACCACAUCACUUUCAAGAGCCAGAGAGAGGGAGAAAAAAUUAUUCAGGCCAAAAUAGAAGGGAGGCUCACCAGCUUCACUCAGACUGGAUUGGCUGCUGGUCAGAAGUACAAGGUGUCAAUCAGAGGGGAGAGAGAUGGGAAGAUGGGACCAGAGAGCACCACUGAGUUUACAGCUGCACCAUCUGGUUCUGUCCAUCUUCGGAGCAGAGAUUUAACAGACUCUUCUGUCACUCUUUCCUGGACCCAACCUUCUGUCCAGUACAGCAACUACCACGUCACUUUCAAAAGUCAGAGAGAGGGAGAUAAAAUGAUAACAGCUAAAGUUAGCGGAAGAGCCCUCAGCUUCACUCAGACUGGAUUGGCUGCUGGUCAGAAGUACAAGGUAUCAAUCAGAGGAGAGAGAGACGGGAAGAUGGGACCAGAGAACAACAUUGAGUUCACAACUGCUCCCUCUGGCUCCAUAUAUCUCCAGACAAGAGAUGCAACAGACUCAUCUGUCACUCUGUUCUGGACCCAACCUUCUGUCCAGUACAGCACCUACCACAUCACUUUCAAAAGUCAGAGAGAGGGAGAUAAAAUGAUUCAAGUCGAAAUAGAAGGGAGGCUCACCAGCUUCACUCAAACUGGAUUGGCUGCCAGUCAGAAGUACAAGGUGUCAAUCAGAGGGGAGAGAGAUGGGAAGAUGGGACCAGAGAGCACCACUGAGUUCACAACUGCUACCUCUGGCACUGUCCAUCUCCGGAGCAGAGAUAUAACAGACUCUUCUGUCAUACUAUUCUGGACCCAACCUUCUGUCCUGUACAGCACCUACCACAUCACUUUCAAAAGCCAGAAAGUGGGAGAUAAAAUACUAACAACAAAAGUUGGAGGGAGGCUCAACAGCUUCAGUCAGACUGGAUUGGCUGCUGGUCAGAAGUAUAAGGUAUCAAUCAGAGGAGAGAGAGAUGGGAAGAUGGGACCAGAGAGCACCACUGAGUUCACAACUGCUCUCUCAGGCUCGGUCCAUUUUAGGAGCAAAGAUAUAACAGACUCUUCUGUCACUCUUUUCUGGACCCAACCUUCUGUCCAGUACAGCACAUACCACAUCACUUUUAAAAGUCAGAGAGAGAGAGAGAAAAUGAUAACAGCUAAAGUUGGCGGAAGGGCCCUCAGCUUCACUCAGACUGGAUUGGCUGCUGGUCAGAAGUAUAAGGUAUCAAUCAGAGGAGAGAGAGAUGGGAAGAUGGGACCAGAGAGCAACAUUGAGUUCACAACUGCUCCCUCUGGCUCCAUAUAUCUCCAGACAAGAGAUGCAACAAACUCUUCUGUCACUCUGUUCUGGACCCAGCCUUCUGUCCAGUACAGCACCUACCACAUCACUUUCAAAAGCCAGAGAGAGGGAGAUAAACUGAUUCAAGCCGAAAUAGAAGGGAGGCUCACCAGCUUCACUCAAACUGGAUUGGCUGCCAGUCAGAAGUACAAGGUGUCAAUCAGAGGGGAGAGAGAUGGGAAGAUGGGACCAGAGAGCAGCACUGAGUUCACGACUGCUCCCUCAGGCUCUGUCCAUCUUAGGAGCAGAGAUAUAACGGACUCGUCUGUCACUCUUUUCUGGACCCAGCCCUCUGUCCAGUACAGCACCUUCCACAUCACUUUCACAAGCCUGAGAGAUGGAGGUGGAACAAUUCAAGCCAAUGUAGGAGGAAGGGCCCUCAGCUUCACUCAGACUGGACUGGCUGCAGGUCAGAAGUACAAGGUGUCAAUCAGAGGAGAGAGAGAUGGGAAGAUGGGACCAGAGAGCACCACUGAGUUCACGACUGCUCCCUCAGGCUCUGUCCAUCUUAGGAGCAGAGAUAUAACAGACUCGUCUGUCACUCUUUUCUGGACCCAGCCCUCUGUCCAGUACAGCACCUACCACAUCACUUUCACAAGCCUGAGAGAUGGAGGUGUAACAGUUCAAGCCAAUGUAGGAGGAAGGGCCCUCAGCUUCACUCAGACUGGACUGGCUGCAGGUCAGAAGUACAAGGUGUCAAUCAGAGGAGAGAGAGAUGGGAAGAUGGGACCAGAGAGCACCACUGAGUUCAUGACUGCUCCCUCAGGCUCUGUCCAUCUUAGGAGCAGAGAUAUAACAGACUCGUCUGUCACUCUUUUCUGGACCCAGCCCUCUGUCCAGUUCAGCACCUACCACAUCACUUUCACAAACCUGAGAGAUGGAGGUGGAACAAUCCAAGCCAAUGUAGGAGGAAGGGCCCUCAGCUUCACUCAGACCGGACUGGCUGCAGGUCAGAAGUACAAGGUGUCAAUCAGAGGAGAGAGAGAUGGGAAGAUGGGACCAGAGAGCACCACUGAGUUCACUACUGCUCCCUAUGUCUCUGUCCUUCUUCGGAGCAGAGAUAUCACAGACUCUUCUGUCACUCUUUUCUGGACCCAGCCUUUUGUCCAGUACAGCACCUACCACAUCACCUUUAAAAGCCAGAGAAAUGGAGAUGAAACUAGAACAGCAACAGUAGGGGGAAGGCUCACCAGCUUCACUCCGACUGGACUGGCUGCAGGUCAGAAGUACAAGGUGUCAAUCAGAGGAGAGAGAGAUGGGAAGAUGGGACCAGAGAGCACCACUGAGUUCACUACUGCUCCCUCAGGCUCUGUCCAUCUUAGGAGCAGAGAUAUAACAAACUCGUCUGUCACUCUUUUCUGGACCCAGCCCUCUGUCCAUUACAGCACCUACCACAUCACUUUCACAAGCCUGGUAAAAUGCCUUUGUAUACUCUGCAUUACUGCAAGGUUUUAA